UAAGCGAUCCGAACCGCUACAAACUCCUCUCCCAAUACCGACGGCGCUACGAUAACCAGACCGACGACGUACAGAUAGCUCAGCCCUCGGCCAGUGGGCAGGAGAGCGAGCGAGAGGAGAAUCGGAGAUCAACCCCUCCCCCCUCGUUGUCGUGCCUUGUUCGAUCUCAAACCCCUAAGGAGGAGUGUUCCAGGCGAUUUCGGGUUUCUCUCGUCUUCGACUUCUGUUGUACGGCCCGGAAGGUUGGAUUUGGCAAGGUAUGGCACCAGGGCAAGGAGGGGGGCUGCCGCAGCAGCAGUUUCGCUACACGCAGACGCCGUCGAAAGUGCUCCACCUUCGGAACCUGCCGUGGGAGUGCAUCGAGGAGGAGAUCGUCGUCCUCUGCAAGCCGUUCGGAAGGGUCGUCAAUACCAUGUGCAACGUCGGCGCCAACAAGAACCAGGCCUUCGUCGAAUUUGCGGACCUUAACCAAGCAAUUUCAAUGGUUUCUUACUAUGCUUCUUCAUCUGAGCCAGCCCAAGUUCGUGGAAAAACUGUUUAUAUCCAGUAUUCUAACAGGCCAGAAAUUACAAACAAUAGGAGUACUGGAGAAGUUCCUGGCAAUGUUUUGCUUGUCACUAUCGAAGGUGUUGAAGAUGGCGAUGUCAGCAUAGAUGUUAUUCAUCUGGUGUUCUCAGCCUUUGGCUUUGUGCAUAAAAUUGCAACCUUUGAAAAAGCUGCUGGCUUUCAGGCACUAAUUCAAUACACAGAUGCAGAGACUGCUGCUAGUGCAAGACAUGCUUUGGAUGGGAGAAGUAUUCCCAGGUACUUGCUCCCUGAACAUAUUACAUCUUGCCAUUUGCGUAUUUCAUAUUCGGCCCACACAGAUUUAAGCAUCAAAUUCCAGUCUCAUCGUAGCAGGGAUUACACAAAUCCUUAUCUUCCUGUGAAUCCUUCUGCUAUAGAGGGAGGCAUACUGUCUCUGUCAGGUCCUGAAGUAAAGAAGCAGGAUCCUGAGAGUAACGUCCUGUUAGCUACUAUAGAGAACAUGCAAUAUGCUGUGACAGUUGAUGUUCUUCAUACAGUAUUUUCUGCUUUUGGAACUGUACAGAAAAUUUUAAUUUUUGAGAAAAAUGGUGGUGUGCAGGCCUUGAUACAGUAUCCAGAUAUUACCACUGCUUCAGUUGCCAAAGCUGCUUUGGAGGGACACAGCAUCUAUGAUGGUGGUUAUUGCAGACUCCAUUUGACAUACUCUCAUCAUACUGAUCUCAGUGUUAAGGUGCACAAUGAUAGAGGAAGAGAUUACACUGUUCAAGACUCUAGUAUACCAACAAUGCCCCAGGCUCCCAUUUUGCCGACAUCCACUGGUUGGCACGCCUAUCCACAGUCUUCGUCCAUAUAUAUUGGCAAUGAUUAUCCUGUCUCAGGACAAGCAACGGUUCCACUGGGUCAGAUGCCUCCAUGGAACAUUGGCACCUCAGGUGGAAGCUUGGUGUCAACCUCUGCAAAUCCUGUUUCUUAUUACCCUACUUCUAGCACCUCUGCCGCCCCUACUUGGGCGCUUCAAGCUUCACAAAGUUCAUCUCAAUUUGGUCAACUGGCAAAUGCACAGCCUCCUGCUGCACCUCAAACUCAGUUUCCCUAUUUCGCUCAAUAGAGUGCUUAUUCUCACAUUCUUUGUGUCAGUUACAUCAUAUGACUGUUGUAUGAAUUUAUCCACCAAUAUGCCAUAACAAUAGUAAAUUGCUGUAUGUGUUCAUGAUCAAGGCUGGCUGAUGCUUUGAACCAGUUGCGUCUUGUAUUCUUAUCGAUAUAAUUUCCAUCUCGUUCUUAUUAUGCCAA